UAUACUAAAAGAAACUGACAUAGAAUACGGAGGGAAUUUUACCAAAUCAGGAAAUUCCACGGAUUAUAGACAUGGCUGUUGGACGUAAAUGGAAUAUCUCGAAGAUUUUUCUAAUUUGCAUUAAUGUUGUGUUUCUUUUGCUUGGACUCGGAUUUUUAAUAAUUGGUGCCUUAAUUAAAUCUGGUUUGUUGCCAAUUAAAGAUGGAAAGAAAACAGUCCUAAACAGUGUAAAAGUAGGAGACGUUGACUUCGGAAACCUUGCAGACAAUUUGUGGAUUUUGUUUAUCGUCGUUGGAGUGCUUAUUUCAGUUGUAUCUUUUCUUGGAUUAUGUGGUGCUUGCAAUCAAAAUAAAGCACUGCUUACAAUAUAUGCAGUUUUAGUUUUGGCGUUAUUAGUGACAAAAAUAGCUGGAAUUGUCCUGUGGUUCAUUAUGAAGGAUGACAUUGAGUCAGAUUUCAAAGCUCAGUUGGUUCAAAAUCUCCAUACAAACUUUGUGAAUGAUUCAAUAAGUGAUGGAAAUGACAUCUCAAAUGAGUGGAACAUGAUGUUUAUGUCUUUGGACUGUUGUGCGGUAAAUCCCGUGAAUUCAACUACAAAUGAAUUUGAUAAUACCCCUUGGUGCACUACCAAAGGAGAAUGUCAAUUGACGAAUGCUGAGAUCCCCAAGGCGUGUUGUGUUGGAGUCACAGAAACUAAUUUUACUUCUGCACCAUCUUCAUGUUACUACAACCUUACUCCUGGAUCAUAUAACACAAAGGGAUGUUACCAAGCGAUGAAAGAUUAUUUGAAGGAAAAUAUCACAUCUAAAACUCCUAUUGUUAUUGCGGUUGGGAUCGUAAUUUUCCUUGUUGAGGUUCUUUCAGUGAUAUCUGCUAUAAGUGUAUUACGCAGGCAAUCCGUCAAGGAUUAAGAAGGGUGAUUGGUAUAUUUGACAUACAAAUGUUAUCUAUAAGCUUACUUUUGCAUGCAAAAGAUGAUAAUAGAUUUUGGAUAAAUUAAUACUGAAUAAUAUGCCUUAAAAAGAUUACUAUCUAUAAGGCCCUUUUCCGGCCAACGGUAAAAUCAGUUUAAAAUGUAGUUUUUUUGUAAUUCAAAUUCCUAUGUUUUAUGAUGUUACCGUUUGUUUUUCAACGCCACUAAAGUUUGUCACGUGAUUUAGCGAUUCAGAAGUGGCGAUCAAAUAAAGAAAAAAUGAGGGUCGUUCUACUGAAGUCAAGUUUACAUGCAUGCUUUAAAAUUUUCAUAGGUCAAAAACAUAUCAUGUUAAAAUAACAUCUUUAAAAAUGUCUUAAGAAGUAAAUUAAUUUUGAAUAAUUAAUGAAUUCUGUUGCAUUUACA